AAUGUAUCAACAUCAACAACAACAACAACAAAAACAACAACAACAACAACAAUCACCACUAUUAGGAGACAGACUUUUGCUGAUAGAUUUCCUCGAACAACGUCUUAUAUUAUUGAUAAUUCUGAGAAUGAAGAACAGAACGGCUCCUUCUGUUACAAGAGUAGAGGAUAAUAAGACUCCACAACAGCCAAAACAACAGCAACCGAAUCAGCAACCGCAGAAGCAGCAGCCAAUUGCACAAACUAGAUCAAUGCAAAAUGUACGAAAGACAUCAGAAGAGCUGGAAGAUGAGAAAGUAAGGAAAAAUACCAUGAUGAAUGUAAAAAUGUCGGCAAAGAGGAAGAAGAUAGAGGAGAUAAACCAGAUGCAUCGAUCAAAUUCUGGUGAAAAUUUGUUGGCAAAAAGUUUGAUGAGUAUGUCAAAUUUGUUGCAAAAUCAAAUGUCAAUACAACAACAAGCAAGUCAAAUGAAUUUUAUGGGUAUGCCUGGUAUGAUGCCACAAUAUCCUAACCCUAGUUUCUCCCACUUUGGAGUUUCACAGUUAGAUCCCCAUUUACUCCAAUUACAGUUACUACUAGGAUCGCAAGGUGGAGGUCUUGUAAAUAUGCCGGGGACUUCAAUGAUGCAAUUGCCGAUCGUACAAAAACCGCCAGAAAAGGGUAAUCAAGAACAGCCGGCGAGGAAAAAAUCUAUCUUAAAAACAAAUCGUAUCGAAGUGGAAGAUGACAGAAGUUCAAAGCUUAAAAGUAAUCUGAAGGAUAGAAAGAGAGGCGCAAAAAUUGCUGCAGAUCCCCAAAUUGAUAGUUCCGCCGACGAAGAUUCAGAACAAAGGCAAAAUUCAAAUUCAGACAAGGAAUCAGUAUAG